GUGGCGGCGCCUGUCAGCUCCGCGCUUCCUGUCCUGCGUCUGUGUACCGCUCCUGAGCGCUGGAUGGAGCUUAAAAUGAAAAUAAUACACUUAUUCCGUUCAGAGGGAAGCAAUGAGACUGAAACUCCUGCGCCUUCAGACUACAUCUUUUCACUCUUUAACUACAGUGUGCCAAUGCCAAAGAUUUAAUAAAACUGGACAUCGUCUUCUAAAGCUGGAUAAUGAUGUUGACAGAACGGAUCACAGAACAGCUAAGAAGAUUGGGAACUUAUAUGCUCCAAAGACUGCUUCCCCUUGUUUGACAAGUCCCUGUAUGCAAGUCAAGAAUUGGCAAAUGACCCAGGGAAAUGUAUCUGCUUUGGGAAAAAGUGUUUAUUAUCAGGGUGGGGAGAUGUUUUUCCCACCCUGGAAACGUUUUGGCUUGGCAGCAAUGGAAAACUACACGCUCAAUGUGGAGUAUAUUAAAAAGCUCGGGAACAUAUCAUCAAGAUUUUACUCAAUUGUAUCAACUAGUAAAAUUAUUCCAAAACCAAGUACCCAGCCAGUUAAGAGGCCACCAAAGGCACCAAGGACCAAGCAGCCCUCCAGAGCUAACCAGCCACUAUUGUCAGACAUGGAGAAUCUGAUGCAGUGCACAGCCUUUGCAACAGCAGAUGAAUAUCAUCUUGGUAAUCUGUGUCAUGACCUGACUUCCCAUGGAUAUGUUGAAAUAACAAGUUUGCCCAGAGAUGCUGCAAAUGUUUUGGUGAUGGGUACUGAGAAAUCUGCAAAAGAAGAUGAUCCUGGCAUGAUUUUUUUCUUCAGGGAAGGGGCUGUUGUGUUUUGGAAUGUGGAUGAGAAAAGUAUGAAGAAUAUAAUGCGAGUGCUGGAACAGCAUGAAAUUCAGCCAUAUGAAGUUGCAUUAGUCCACUGGGAAAACGAAGAGAUAAACUAUAGAAUAGGAGAAGGGCAAUCAAAGCUUCAUAAGGGAGAAAUCUUGUUAAAUUCUGAGCUGGAUACUGAUGAAGUCAUUCUGCAGAAAUUUGCCUUUUCAAAUGCCCUGUGUCUUUCUGUAAAACUGGCUAUUUGGGAAUCAUUAUUGGAUAACUUUGUGGAAUCUAUCCAGUCAAUUCCUGAGAUACUAAAAUCAAGAAGGAAGGUAAAACUAUCUCACGCAGAUGUCAUGCAGAAAAUCGGAGAACUUUUUGCGUUAAGACACCGCAUAAAUCUGAGUUCAGACCUGCUAAUAACACCUGACUUCUACUGGGAUAGAGAAAAACUGGAAGAGCUUUAUGACAAAACAUGCCAAUUUCUCAAUAUUAAUCGCAGAGUUAAGGUAAUGAAUGAAAAACUUCAGCACUGCAUGGAGUUGACAGACCUAAUGCGAAACCACCUGAAUGAAAAGCAUGCUCUGCGCCUCGAGUGGAUGAUAGUAAUACUCAUCACCAUAGAGGUUAUGUUUGAACUCGCAAGGGUAGUGUUCUGACAUCAGAAUAAACUCUGGAAGGCAACUGACAAAACUGCGAUGACUAUAUGGCCAAGAAAAUUCCUGUCUUACAUGCUUCUGGAAAAUAGUGGAAUUGUCUCUCCUGAUAAAUAUGUACAUACUUUACUCAAAUAAAGAAAUUAUGAACAUUAUACCAACUGCUGUAACAGUGAUAUUAAAAUCUUAACCUACAGAUGUGCUUAGCAUAAAGCUGAGGUACAAGUGAUACAGUUGUAGGGGAAUUCUGCCAGUCACUAGGCUGGAUACAAAGCACUAGCAUUUUCCUCCUACUGAACAGAGACAGAAGGAUGGACCCCUUCUGGGCUGACCGUGUUAAUUUGCUGCCAGACUCCUGUACCUUGUCUCUUUGACAGUUAAAGAGAUGCUGAUUAUUUAACCACUUCCUGCAUUUCUAAUAAUUCCCUAGUCUUCUCCAACUCCUUCUAGGAUAGAAGUGAUACUGUCCUGAGGAAGACUAGUUUCCAGGAAAUAAGCUUCUUCUAAUACUGCUAUUCAUUCUAAUGAGAAUAGAAUUGGACAGAGCUAGGAAAAACAUCUGACUACAAAUCUGUCCAUUGUAAGAAACACUAACUCCUCUUUAACAGUAGGCUUUUCACCUCAGAGAAUCAAAACAGGUUAUACCUGGAGAUCCUGGUUCUGGAAAUAGCUCAACUACCAGUUCUGUGACCUGCUGAGAAGGUCUGAGCUGUCAGCCCCAUUCACAGGAGUGAAUCAGUCAGCAGAACAGCUUGAUGACAAAGCUUACUAUUAACUGCAGAACAGCUCCUCAGCACUGCUUGGUUUUUCCUACAUAACUACUGUAACAGAGAAUUAAAUAUUAACUGUCAUUAUUCUAGCAAACUUAGCUUUUUAAACACACAAAAUAGGCUCCCCAAUUUAAGUGUAACACCUGAGCCUGAGACACUAAGUUCCCAUUCAUCUCACACAUAUAAUAGUUCUAGUAUUUCAGCUUAAGCUGCUAAAAAAUAUAACUUUGCAGGUCAAAUGCAUCCAUCAACAAAAGUGAUUUUAACAAAGGCAUUUGAGGACUCCAAGAUGCUCUUUAAAUGCAUGAAGCAUCUAGGUUUGAAUAUCUCAGGUGUUCUGUCUUAAGAUGGUGCUUAAAAGUUAGCAAGUCAAACACACUAAAACAACAGAAGCAUGGUUAGUUUUGCAACUUUACAUCAGUUUCUGUCUGCACAGAUGACAAAGGUUGUGAAAUCCUGGACUUCUCCAAGAUUCCAACCCCCUUUGCUGUACUGAAUGACUGUUCAGUGUUACUUCUGCAGUUAAGCUGUAAUUGCAUAUUGAAAUUUUGUAUCAGCCUGCUUCAACCAUACCCAUCGGCAGCUGCAUCCUAAGCAUGAGGGUUUGGGUUUGUUUUUAAGUGAUGAACUGUACAGUCUGACAGAGUGAGAAUAUCUUCACUGUAUUACACACAGAGACCCCAGACCAAGCCAGGGAUACAAACGCACCAAGAACUGAACUUGAGCCUUUGCAGCAAGAUGUGAUAGCAUGGCAACCCCCAGAAUGGGGCAGAAUUAGCAUAUUUCUCCCAUCAGCAAUCUUCAGCCCUGCUUCAAGCUGGGCAGCUGAUAGAGGUCCUGUGCAAGUUUACUGCAUGACCUGAUUAGCAGGGAGUUCUGUGGCAGAGACAAGAUUAAAUCCACUUCUAGAAGCAAAAAAGCACUGUGACUCUGAAAACAUAACCAUCUCAUUUGUCUCAUUCCCUAUAUACCUUCCUAGCUCACCUACGAAGAACUUUCUUCGCUACAAUUUGCACAGUUCAGUUAAACUCUAAAGUGGGUCUCUUCUAGCCCAUGAGGAUCAUCUAAGGAAGAGUCCAAUAGUAACAAAUACAGAAUAUGAGAAAAAACAGACAGCAAGCCUUGUGUAUCUAUAACUCUUAGAACUGCAACUUUUUAAUGACGAACAUAAUUCAAAUUAGACCAUUCUUCAUAGAUAUCCCAAUGGUGCUGACAGCUUCUGUCAGAUGACACAAAGGACAACUAGUAGAAAAUUGUUUUCUUGGGUGGAUCUACUAAAAAGAGUUGUCAGAACAUGAUCCACUUCUACAAUGGCAAAGCAAGCUGAAAGCUAACAGUCAGGACUCCUGACUUCCAGCAGAGUUUUUGAAGGGAACCACAGUCUGUUGUUUUGUCAGCACACCAGCUCUGCAUAUGAAAAAACUUUAUGCAAAUGACACCUCUCUAAGAUCCCCACAAAGAUAACUUACAUUUAGUCCAGAUGGCACAUAAGAGCUUAUCGGAGGAUGACAUUCUUGCUAGCUUCAAGCAUCUACCACUUGAAACAAAGAUUCUCUCUCCUUUCUUCAUUCAAACCUAACCCUAGGAACAGGCAGAAGUUCAACCCAACAGUGGAAAGAGGAGUCAGAUACUAUGUGUCCACCUAAAUGAGUUUUACUCAUAGCUAAGUCACAAAGUUGCCUUCUAAAGUACCUAACAGAGAACAAAACAGAUGAGUGAUCUCCAUAGAAAGAACUCUGUGAAAAAUCUUUUCCAGUUUUGGACAAUAAAUAUGUAAAUUGGUUUAGAAAUUGUAAAAGCAAACGGUGUGCAAGGAAAGACUUUAGGUUGGAAAUUACUGACCCAUGAGGUACAGCCUUUCUUCCCUGGAUGGCAUUAAGCAUCUGUCAAGUGUCUUAGCGUCCUAGUCCACAGACUGCUUGAUGAUGGCCUGACAACUACCACAAACAUGUACAGAACUUGAGGGACAUGGAUACAAUAAAUGAUGUGCAGGGAUUUAAAAACCAAACCCACUGCCCAAAACACUUAUCUUCAGGUGGCAGGAAAGAGAGCUAAGGCAAAGCUAAGCUCUCUAAGGGGAAAAGAAAGUGACUUGAAAAGUACAUAAGACAAGCCGAGAAGAAAAAAAAAGGAGAGAGACAUCAUAAUUCUUUGCAGGGACAAAGGAGGCAAAGAUCUCUGUUAGCCUUCAAAAAUUAUUGUGCCAUAGCUAUGCAUGGUACAAGGCAGCCCAUUUCUCCCAAACCCCAGGACAAUUUCCUAACAAAACAUGUAUUCUGUACUACACCUAAAACCCGGGAGGCUGGGUCUCAGAAACUCAGAAAACUAUGUGAUUCCAGCAGUUUGCAGUCCUCUAAAGUGUAUGACAGCAAUAAUUGAACUGACAUGGAAAAAAGACAGAUUCCUCUCCUCACGCACAACAUGGUGACCAACCCAUUUCAGAUUCUUAAGCAAACAAAAACAGGAGACUUUUUUUCCUUAAGUCUACUUUGAGUUGCUGAAGGCAUUAUGCUUACAUCUAAUAUCAUCAGUUCUCCUUAUUACUGCUAUUUAUACCAAGUCUUCAAGCUCCAGCCACAGAAAAAAUACAUUUUCCAGACAGGUGAAACAGGAAUACCAAACUGUGCUAACUGCUGUUCCCCAAAUACUUUUUGACAACCUCCUAAGUUUAAGUCACAAGAUUGGCCAACACAAUUUCUUCACAACUGUUGAGUAUUAGGUAUCUCUAAGUUUAAAGUCACCACAGAGGCAGUAUUACACAGUGAUCUGAACAAAGUACCAAUGCUAUUCACUCAGAUGUGUCAUUUUCUACCGAACACCUCAGCCUCAAAAAUGCACUCCGUAAAGUUGCAGUUUUAAUUUUUUUCCCCUAGGAAAGUAAAAUAUACAAGUACAUAUAUGCAUGUAACUAUCAUCCUGCUCCACUACAUGUCUCCCCAGCUAAGGACGCACAGUCACGUUUUAGUUCUUCCAGUUGAAAGCAGGCAGGGCGGCUCUACCAGGCUAAACUGGAAUGAAGGCAGUGCAGAACAAAGAGGGGCAAUCUGCACUGCAGGAGCUGCAUCAUUUAAGUGACACUACAACUCCUGAUGGAAAUGAAACUCCUAACAAAAACAUUCUUCUAUGUGCAGUUAAGUCAUUUCCUUUGAUGACAGAUGUUCUUCUAGCAAAAACAUUUGGGUUUUUUUGUUCGGUUUUGUUUGGAGGUUGUUUGUUUUACUGGUGUCAGUUGCAGGUACCCAGAUGCUAUAGAGAAGGCUUUGCUCACUAGGUGUAAAUACAAAAUGCUUCCAUGUUCCAACUAACAUCAUGAUAUCAGAAGAACAUUUACUCUAUUCUACUUCUUCCUGCUUUUCACAUACGCAGUGUACACCAAAAAGGCCUACACAAGUUUUCUUUUGCCUCUAGGAAAUCCAGACCUGCUCUCAACAUGACAGCUUAGGGGUUGACGACUCACCUAUCAUGAGCACAUCCAUUGGGAGGUCCCUAUGCCAGGGAAACCAAGACGAGAAAAUGCAGAGCCAUUCCUCAUCUGCUGCUGCACCCCUGUGCAAGGGCAUCUCCUGAUGCCCUUGGUUUGUGCUCCCAACGCAGAGGUACACCAGUAAGGUUUGACUGAGAGAAUGACAAAAUCUUGUGAGGAAGAUAUUCCUGGAUAAGAAGAUCAGAUAUUAUCAGAGGAAUGAUAUUUAUUAAGUAUUUACUGGUGCUGUUGCACUUCCUACUGUAACAUGAUAGAAAGCACAAGAAGAUGACAGAACAGCAAGGUAUUAAGCUACAGUGAGUGCAAAUCUGGUUAUAUGCAAUAGCAGUAGGCAUAGAAAUAAGAGAAAGAAACCUCUUAUCUUCAGAAGGCUGUAAGGUCAUCUCCAGAGAAGAUACUCUUACCUGCACUACCAACCCUUGAAUGAGGUCCGGGAAGGGGUGGAUCCUGGCUCCACCUGUUCUGGUCACUCAGGUGCACUGCAUGCACCUGAGCAACCCAGGAUUGGCCCUGCCUUCCCAACAGGUGCUCAAUCACUGCUUCAAGCCCUGAGUUAGCAUUUCCCUGCUACACCCACUAACAUUGGGAAAAAAAAAAAAAAGAAGUUGAAGUGUUUGAAGCAGCAGCUGUGCUAAUAAAAUGGACUUACAGUACUGAUAAUAAACAUUACUCCACAGUUGUACCACCAUGAAAACAGCGCACAGCAGUGAGACGUGCAUUUCCAGCUCCCAGAAGCUUCAGCAAUUCCAGAAACUGUCCUGCAGGACUGGAUAUGCACUGCUGGAGAAAGGAAUAAGCAAGUGGCUCUUCAGAAGACUCUACUUUUUUAUUUUAAAAAAAAAAAAAAAAA